UAAAAUCCUUGAAGAAAUCUUCUGUCCCAGGAGUCGUUAUCACCCAGUUUGUGGAUGAUAUUCCAGAAGGAUGCAGUACACCUGACUUUGAGCGGAAACCUGUCUCUCUGACACUGCAGGAAGGUAAAAAUGCCAUUUUCCGAGCUGUGGUCAAAGGUGUCCCAACCCCUCAUGUGAAAUGGACCCGUAUGCAAAGAGAAAUGGAUGAACCUGCCAGAUACGAAACUUCCUUCAAUAACGUUACAAAUGAAUACAUUCUGCAGAUAAACAAUCUCACUACAGAUGACAGUGAUUUAUAUCAUUGCUUUGCUGUGAAUGAAUACGGGGAAGCUUCAUGCUCUGCUGGCCUCCGGAUCAUACAAGAGUUCAGGAAGAAGCUUCAGGAGUUCAGGAAGCUGCUGAGGAAGCGGGCCCCAACACCAAAACCCAAACCCGUGGACAAAGAAGCAGUCUGGCAACUGUUGCUGCAUGCAGACAGGCGAGAUUAUGAGAAAAUCUGUAUGAAAUAUGGAAUUGUUGACUUCCGUGGGAUGCUGAGAAAGCUGGAGGAGAUAAGGAGGGACACAGAGAGUGAACAAGAAGAGUUAAUACACAGUGUCAAAAACUUUAAACACAUCAAAGUCAACAAGGAGGGAAGAGCUACGUUUGGUCUGGAGAUGGACCUGAAAAACAGUAACAGCAAAGUUUAUCUGCUUAAGGAUGGUGAGAGGGUCAGAUAUGGAACAGGGGAUGAGUACAGAAAACACUGCCUGAGGCAGAUUGGAAAAAGGUAUACUUUCAUUGUCAACGAUGUGCAGCCGGAAGAUGCAGGCUUGUAUCAAGUCAGAGUGGAGGACGUACCUGUUUUCUCAACUGAACUGGAUGCUGAAUCCAUUCCUGUGAGAUUUGAACAGCCGCUCAGCGAUGUGCAUUGUCCUGAGGAAGAAGAUGCUGUCUUUGAAUCUGUCCUACGCACACCCUGCUACGAUGCUGUGUGGCUACACAAAACCCACCUCCUCAAGGCAAGUGAGAAGCACCAGAUCUCCGUAACACCUGAUGGUCUGACCCACCAGCUGAUUAUCAAAAACGUUGUGCCCUCUGACAGCGGCAUGUACACACUUGACACCGGACUCUGCUCCUCAAAUGCCUGGCUUGUUGUAGAGUCACCACGCUGUCAUGUCAACAAACAGUUACUUGAUAUCAGAGUCCUGAAAGGGGAGCCAGCUGAGCUGUCUUGCACUGUCAGUAAACAUGAAGUGACAGGAACCUGGUUUAAAGAUGGAUUAAAGUUAAGAAGCAUGGAAGGAGUCGUUCUUGAAAAGGAAGGUCUGGUUCACAAACUGAUUAUUAACAAAGUGGAAGAUAUUCAUGCUGGGAAAUACAGGUUUGAAGGUGGAGAUAUAAAAACUGAAGCUUCAAUUUUUGUUGAAGAUCCUCCACAGGUUGACAAAGUUCUCCUCAAAAACUUAACAAGUGUUCCUACGGUGGCCAAGGCAGGGCAGAAAGUAAAGAUCAAGAUUCCUUUUGAGGGCCGACUGCCAGUCAGAGCAACAUGGCUAAAGGACAGAAUGGAGCUAGCAGAUGACACAAGGAUUCGUGUGGAUAAAACAGAGACUUUUACCAUGCUGUCCAUCUCCAGCAGUGAGAGAAAGGACUGUGGGGAUUACAAAGUCAGGCUGAAGAACGACAGUGGGGUCCUGGAGAUCAACUUAAAGCUUGUGGUAAUCGACAAGCCACAGCCACCUGCAGGACCCAUCAAAAUUGUAGAAAGCUCUGCAGACAACAUCACCAUUCAGUGGAAGCCCCCAAAGGAUGAUGGGGGCAAACCACUGCAACGCUACAUUGUCGAGAGACAGCAGGUAGGCAAGAAUGACUGGGUGACUUUGGGAGAAACCCCCAAGAGCUGUACUACCUUCACUACUAACAAAGUGGAACAAGACAUGAACUACUACUUCAGGGUGAGAGCUGUGAAUGCCGAUGGAACUAGUGACGCACUGGAAUCAGAUGAAGUGAAGGCUGUCAGUAAAGCUUCACCUGGUGCCCCAGAUCCCCCUGAGAUUGUCAGUGCCAGCAGAGACAACAUCACAAUAUCCUGGAAGGCACCUCGUAAAACUGGCAGUUCCCAAAUUGUGGGAUACCUUGUUCAGAAACGCAAGAAGGGUACCAUGACCUGGCUGCCAGUCAACAAUGUGCCUAUAGCAGACAAGAAGCUGAAAAUGACCAAUCUCAAGAAAGGUCUGCAGUAUGAAUUUCGUGUGGCAGCUGUCAAUGCUGCUGGCAUGGGAGAUGCCAGCGAACCGUCACAGCCUGUCUUUGCGCGGGAUUCCAUGAGUCCAGUGCAGGACCUUAAAGUGAGCAGCAGUGACAGCACCAGUGUCACCUUGACAUGGAAGAGACCUGAAGCAAAAGAUGGGGGUGAUGUGAAAGGCUACGAUGUGGAGAUGCGGUCUUCUGACAACCUCAGCUGGACCAAAUGCAAUACCUUUCCCAUAGAGGUGACUACUUACACAGUGAAAGGCCUCCAAGCCAAGGAGAUGUACUUCCUACGUGUGAGAGCCCUCAAUGACAGUGGCCCAGGAGAAGCCACAGAGCUUGACGCUUGCAUUGAAGCUGCUCCCCCUGUAGUUUCUCCCAGGUUACUAAUAGAUGACACAGUGAAAAGCUCCCUGGUUGUAAGAGCAGGAAAUACCAUCCGAGUGAAUAUUCCCUUUGAAGCGUCUCCAGAUCCAGUGGUGACCUGGUUAAAGGAUGGUCUUCCUCUUCCAAACCGGGCUACAAUAAAUACCAAAGAUGGUACCACCCAGCUGCUGAUUGGAGCAGCUGAGUUCACUGACAGUGGCAUCUACACCGUUGAGCUCCAGAACGGGUUAGGGAAAAGAGAAACAUUCAGCUUCCAAGUUCAAGUUACAGAUAUCCCACAAUCGCCUGGACCUAUUCAAUUGGAAGAGAAUGUGCCAAAUACAGUGACAGUAACCUGGGAGCCAUCAGCAUCUGAGAAAUGGGAAAAUAAUCUCUACUACACAGUCCUGAAACGUGAAUCGCAGAAGGGCUUGUGGCGCAUGGUGGGUGACCUGAUCUACACCAACAAGUUCACGUUCACCAGGCUGAUCCCAGGCCGGGACUACUACUUUAGGGUUGUGGCAAAAAAUGACUUGGGAGCCAGUGGUCCGUCUGACACUGUGCAGCCUUGGAGAAUUAAAAAAACAAAGGCUGAAUUUCAAGUCAAACCACAGAAAUACAGGGGAGUUAAUCAAAACCAGCCCCCGAGAUUCCUCGUCCCAUUGAAGCCUCAUGUGGUGACUACUGGGAGUGAGUGCCGUAUGAGUUGUGCGGUUGGAGGCCAUCCACCUCCAAAGAUCACAUGGUACAAGGACGGUAGAGACCUCUCCAAUGAUCCUAACUAUUUUUGCACAAACAACUUCGGUGUCUGCUCCCUGGUCGUCCUAGGGGUCACAAAACAUGAUGAAGGAGAAUAUAUGGCAGAAGCCACGAAUGAAUUGGGCCGCGCCUUCAGCAAAGCCUCCCUCACUAUUAAAG